UGCAGCAGGAGGUAACACAACAAGUAACAAUACAAGUAACACAACAGGUAACUGAACAAUUGUCACGAGUAUUUGCUCAGCAGCUUCAAGAUGAACUUAAGAGAAUGGGUUUAACCCAACAACCAGAACUGCACACAGAGGCACGCCGCACUCGUUCUCCUACACAUGUCAGUACAAAAGGGAGCAAUGCUCCAGAGGAUAUCUCUGAGUCGGAUGAUGAGCUAUCCCGACUUUAUCUGGAUACCCCCUUUCACUUAGUAGCCAUGGGAAAGGUAUUCUAGUUAUGUUAUAAAAAUUCUGAAAUAAAUUCUACGUAGCAGAACUUCCAAAUGACAUAAAUUCUGAAAUCUUAAUCAGGUACACAAUUUGGGUCCUACUAUACACCAUGAGAGAAUAGAUUCAGGUAUUGUUAGGGUGGAGGUUGUGGAGGUUUUGGAUGCAUCUGCAUUGGUCCCAAUUCCAAGUGAAGAGGUCCAGACAGUUGGACAGGCCCCCAAUCAGUUCAUUCAAUGGCCAAAAAGAUUGGUUGACCCUCACGUAAAGGAGUGGACAAAUGGAAAGGAUAAUGACAACCAUGAUGAGGACAAUGCUUCUGAUGAGAACAAGGGUCCAAUAUCACGUUUAUUGACAAUGACUACUCACCUUGGUCCACAACCGAUAGAGCUAAUCCUGAAAGAAGAAAUAGUUGGGCGGUCUGCUAUAUCUCUUUUUGUUGGCUCUGAGGAGAUAUUAGAGAUAUGUGUGGGGAAUCAAAUGCUAAGUGCAGUGAUUCUACAAGUAUGGAUAAUGCAUUUGCAUGGGAUUUGUGUUCGAAAGGAUACUGCACACCUGUACGGUUUUCUUGACCCACAUACCACUCAAGAUGUGGGGAACAAGCGUGAAGAUAUUCAAACUUAUAUAAUGACUCGACUGAGUGAAGGAAACAAAGAGUGCUACUUACUACCGUACUACUAUCCUAACCAUUGGCAGUUGUUUGUAUUGUGCCCGAGGAAAAACUUAAUUGUGUUCUUAUGCUCUUUGGGGAACAAACCAAAGGCAAACAUAAAGAGUACUCUAGAUUUGGCGAUGCAAGCACAUCAAAUGACAAAAAAUAAAAGGAAUUCCAAGCCGAAAUGGAUUAAGCCAAUGUCUCGAAUGCAAAGAGGAAGUUUUGAAUGUGGAUAUUAUGUUAUGAGACACAUAACUACUAUUAUUUCUGCCAGUGUUGUGGAUUCGUGGAUGGAGAUAUUCAAUGUUCAAGACCCAUUUAGUGAACAAGACAUCAACGAGAUUCGAGAGCGUUGGGCAUUGUUUUUCUGCGAAGCAACUAGCAUUUAGUAUUUAUUUAGUAGAAAUUAAACAUUGUUAGCAUAUUAGAAAGUGAUAUGCAAUUUUGUUGCAACUUGCCAACUCUUGAAUUUUGAUGGUGUAAAAUGAUGUUUAAUUUUUGCUAGUAAGAUUAAUACUAUAUAUGAUUUUUGGAUAUUAUGGUUGUUUUGUGAAUAUUAUUAAAUAAUGG